GCACUAUCAUCGGAUAUUGAUCCUUCAACGCUGAGAACCGACUUUGCGAAUGACUCGACUUUUAUCUACAUGCCUUGAAACAUUAUUUUAGAAGUAGCUACCUUCUGAUUAUUGUUGUGUCUCUAACUAAAAUGGGUGUAAGGGGCUACCUCUACGAGUCGUUCUUGCUGUUGGCUUUAUUUUCUUCUGCUGUCCAUGGAGACUAUAUUGAUCACUCAGACCAAGACGAGGGAACUAACGAUGAAGCUAGUGGUUUGACGAUCGUCAUAGUAUAUGGAGUUGUUUUAGCCAUUCAGCUGAUUGUCUUCUUUAUUUUUGCAUGCAAAGCAUGGGAUGCGGUGUUUAAAUCUCGGUCAGUUGCUGAGGAUCCUGAAUCACAGCUGACAAACGAAUUUCCAUUCUUGCCUUCUUAUGAGAUGGCGAUGAAUGAAGUGCGUACGAGUCAACAGAGUAUUGCUAGCAGCGACACAGUUGUUACUACUAUUGACGAUGGUGUAAUAUUGGGGAUAGCUAGUCCAGGUACCACUGCAUUCCAAGAAAACCAAAUGAAUGAGUCAGAGACAAAUCAUUGUGUUGCAAACUCACCGAGAAGCAGAAGCAGCUUAGAUGAUGGAGUAGUUUCAGAAAUCGAGGAAUCAGUCGCUAUCGCGCCUGUGGAGGAAACCGUUAACUUGUAACAUUAUGGUUCAAGUGAAAACUAGCUUAACAGAGCUAAGUUCUCCUAACAGUUGUACUUGCGUCGAAAACAAAGUCAUGGGGCAACUUUUCACAUCAAGUGCAACCACAUAGACAGAAAAUCGAGUAGAAACUUACCAAAAAAUGGUUGCAGUGUGUACACACCACCAAUUUAUGAAGUCUUCGUCGACCAUGGAACUGCGUCAAAAACUUUUAGCUUCUGGUGUAAAUACAUCCACGUAUGAAAGGACCAUGCAGUUAGCAGGAAAAGUAGGAAAUAAAAUCAAAAUUAACCAGUUAUUUUUGAUGCGCGAACAAUAUUGCCUCCUUGUGACAGCGCAUGGAAGUUUGUAAAGUGUUCAUACAUUUAUGAUACUGACGAUAAAGGAGGAACUAUAAAGGAAUUCAAUUCAAGAGCUAGUUUCAUAGUUAGGGAUCUGUCAUAAUUUUUUGUGGGGGGAAGGUUUUCGGAGAUGUCGUUAUCCAUCCCUUCCCCCGGCGAUAAACAAUGAAUGAGCCUUUCAUUGACACUUGCACAUGAGUAACCAAGAAAAAGAAAGGCGCAAAGAUCAGUCAUUUUUAUUGUAAAAGAUUGUGAGUCACUAAGUGGAAAAUGCAUGAAGAAUGAAAGGGAAGAAUUGCAAUAAUUUCCUCGUACAAAAUGCCAAGAUCAAGCACUGACAAAAUAUUAAGUAUUUUUCUAAUAUAAUUCCAUUUUAAGGAAUGUAAAGUGAUGUGUUGGAAUACAGCAGUGAUGACUGAACAGGUGAUCUUGUGGUCUUAUCGAUCGAGUAAGUGUAACCUUGUAAAGGACUGUAUUCAAUAAAAGUUGCUGAAGCUUAGAAAAUGUGAAGUUCAUGGGCAGAAGUCAUCAACAGAGUAAGUAAGGAAUCGUUUGUCA